GACUUCGUAGUUACCAUACACGAGUAGAAUGCUUUGGUCGCAGAGGUAAAGAAUGGAGGUCUGGGAUCUGACCAAGGUGACGCCUGGCAUCUCCACAAAGCUUGGACAGAAUGCUCCUGCAUACCAGGUGCGAAGUUCUUAGCAUUACGGCAGCUCAUGGUGAAAAGCUCAUUCGUUGUAUUAGUCAGCUGUACGAGCACAUGGCUCUGUAAGCUGUUUUUGAACCCUUGAUUUUCGUGGUAAUCUUUCCUCUUGACUAGAUUGCCUUGGAGCUCAGCCCUUAUUUGCUUAGUCAACUUUGCCUUUGCCAGCUCCCAGUAAUCAAACAGUCCAUUUUGACGAACCUCUUUUCUAACAAACUGCAUUUUACUGCCUAUUUAAUCCUGGUUCUAUGUUGACUCACUUUCAGGUCUUAUUUUCUCUUCUUUCUUCUGUCUCCUUUCAUCCUACCAGUGUAAUUUUCUGUCACUGUCUUGGUUUUCGGAUCUUUUUUGGGAAAAAUGCUAGCAUGGAAUGCGCGGCAGUUCUUAUUUAUCUUUCCUCUUGCUCUGAGUUGCAGCUCUGAGGUGGGUUACGGUGUCUCAACUGAUGCUAGAAAUUGGUUUCUCUUCAAACGGGAUAAUGCCGGCUGCCUCAAAAUAUCAGUUGGUUUUAAGGCGGGAGGUGGGCACCCACCUGUGCUUGCUGCGUUGACAUAUUUGGUGGACAUUGCUUACAAGGAUAAAGUUUGAUAAAGGACCUGGUCAUGGCGAAACUCCCAGAGUACAUGGAGCUGCCCCUUCCGAACCCUCUAGUGAAAUCACUGAUGACGUUAAGAACGAUCCAGACUUAAGAGGAUGUGCGAGCAGUAACAGUGUCUCUAAAACACAAAGGUCAACGAGAACUCGCUUAGAUGGGAACCAGCUGGCUCUGAAAGAUGUCUCUGCUGUGGACCUGAACCUGAAAGUAACGGGCGGUAUCAUAAGUUGUGAGGGGUGAAGUGGAUGCGUUGCUAUUGGCCGUAUGUAUGGACAGGCUGUUGCAUUGAAGUUUGCCUACUUAAACACGGAACGUGCGGAGGCUCUUCUGAAGGAGGUAGUUGCCUAUCAGAAGAUAAAGAAGCUUUGGGGGAUUUUUGUUCCUCGAUUAAUAGAAUAUGGAACCACAUGUAACGGUCAGGCUGUAUUUGUAGCCACAGAAUUGAUUGAUGGCGUUGAACUUGGAGAAGUAGCAGUGACCCAGGAGGUGGAGACUGCUGCACUUGAUGAGCUUGAUGCAGUCCAUGCAUGCGGGUUGCUUCAUGGAGAUAUUGAGGCACGUAAUCUUAUGGUAGUGCGGGGAAAACAGCCUCCCGUCCGCAUCCUGGAUUUUGGAUUUUCGCGUAUUACCAGCAGCAAGAAGUUACAGGAGUCAGAGCGCGUGCGCUUAGAAUACCUCUUGGCACACAUGAUGAACUAGCGGGAAAUGAGAAAAUGCUGCAUGAUAUCCAUUCAUUCUGCCCUUUUAAGUGUAGAGUAAGCACCUUUUCAAGCAACUUUCAUCUAUCUUGUUCAAGCAAACGGCCCGGACGUGACUGAAAGACGUAGGGUCUCAUUCCAGUUC